AUGCUCGUAGGUCUUUUCGCCGCUCUUACUGGCCUUUCUCUCGCCGGUGUGGCACAAGGGCAACAAACUGCUUGGGGGCAAUGUGGUGGAAAUGGAUGGACAGGACAGACAACCUGUAUUUCUGGGUAUUAUUGUUCGGUUUUAAACCCGUGGUACUACCAAUGUAUCCCCGGAACGGCGUCUAGCACGCCCACAAGCACCUCGUCUAGCACAAGAAGUAGUAGUAGUAGUACCAGCAGGAGCGUGGGCAUGACGACGACUAUAUUCGAUACUUGGAGCCAUUCGACGACGACGAGCUCGCCUACGCCGACCAUUACCGGUGGCCAGUCGACCAACCCGAGCUCUGGCAAGCAGAUCAGAACGGUCGUUAAUCCUGUAUACCAUCUCUACCUCCAACUCGUUGAUGGCAAGCCUCAGCUUGGCCCUGAAUCGAAAUCUGGCUACUUUGUCUACGGCACGACGGUGGCACUCGUCAUGGCCGACGGUAGCAAGCUCUACCUGAAUGUCGGCACAAGCAGCACCAGCUACAAGGUCCGCCAAUUAGACGUAUAA